AUGUCGGAACCAGUAGAAAAACUUGAAAAGCUUAACCUUGAGGAACAAGCAACCGAAGCUUCACAAGAACCAGUAAUAUUAGGAGAAGACGGACAACCUUUGAGCAAAAAGGCUUUGAAGAAGUUGGAAAAGGAAAAGGAAAAAGCUCGUAAGAAAGCUGAAAGGGAAGAACAAUUAGCCAAGGAAAAGGCUGAAAAGGAAGCCAAAUUGGCCAAUGACCCUGCUAAAAAUAACUACGGGAAGUUACCAUUGAACAACUCCAGCACCAGACCUGGAGAAGUGAGAAGUCUUUUCGCUAACUUGAGUGCUGCCAACGAUGGAGAAUCAGUGAUUUUAAGAGCUAGAUUACACAAAUCAAGACAACAAGGUGCCACCAUGGUGUUUGUCACUAUGAGACAACAACAGGAAUUGGUACAGGGUUUGAUCAAGGCCAACAACGACAGUAUUUCAAAACAAAUGGUGAAGUGGGCCGGAUCCAUAAACUUGGAAUCCAUUGUGUUGGUAUACGGAAAGGUUAAGAAGGUAGAUGAAUUAAUCAAGAGUUCCACCAAACAAGACCUCGAAAUUAUCAUUGAAAGAAUCUUCACCAUCACUGAAACACCGGAACAAUUACCUAUGUUGAUUGAAGAUGCCACCAGAGGUGAUAAGGAAGCCGAAGAAGCUGGCUUGCCAAUUGUCAACUUAGACACCAGAUUGGACGCCAGAGUGAUUGACUUGAGAACCCCUACCAACCAGGCAAUUUUCAAGAUCCAGGCUGGUAUUUGUAAGUUGUUCAGAGAGUUCUUAGACUCCAAGGGAUUCACUGAAAUCCACACUCCAAAGAUCAUUGCGGCUCCAUCUGAAGGAGGUUCCAAUGUGUUUGAAAUCACGUACUUCAAGGGUAAGGCCUACUUGGCCCAGUCUCCUCAAUUCUAUAAGCAACAGUUGAUUGCCGGAGACUUUGAGAAAGUCUACGAAGUGGCCCCUGUUUUCAGAGCUGAAAACUCCAAUACCCAUCGUCACAUGACUGAAUUUACAGGAUUGGACUUGGAAAUGGCGUUCGAAGAGCACUACCAUGAAGUUUUGGACGUUUUAGAGGAAUUGUUCAUCUACAUUUUCACCAACUUGAAAUCCAGAUACGGAGAUGAGAUCGCCACUGUUAGAAAGCAGUACCCGGUUGAAGAUUUCAAGUUACCUGAAGAUGGUAAGAUGGUCAGAUUGCACUUCAAGGACGGUAUUCAGAUGUUGAGAGAUGCUGGAAAAGAGGUUGGAGAUUUUGAAGAUUUAUCGACCGAAAACGAGAAAUUCUUGGGUAAGUUAGUCAGAGAUAAGUACAACACCGACUUCUAUAUCUUGGACAAGUUCCCAUUGGAAAUCAGACCUUUCUACACCAUGCCAGACCCAGAAAAUGAUGGCUACUCUAACUCCUACGAUUUCUUCAUGAGAGGUGAGGAAAUUUUAUCGGGAGCACAACGUAUUCACGACCCUGAGUUAUUGAAGGAAAGACUUAGAUUCCACGAAGUUGAUCCCAAUGUUCCAGGUAUGGCUGAGUACGUCGAUGCGUUUACUGCCGGAUGUGCUCCUCAUGCUGGAGGUGGUAUUGGGUUGGAAAGAGUCUUGAUGUUCUUCUUGGAUUUGAAGAAUAUCAGAAGAGCCUCCUUGUUCCCCCGUGACCCUAGAAGAUUGAAGCCAUAG